AUGACUUCAUCAACGUUGUUUCGUCUCGAUCAACGAGUGUCUAUUGCUGGCAAAGGCUUAGGCACAAUUGCAUUUGUUGGAAAAACCGACUUUGCUGAUGGUGAAUGGAUUGGUGUUGUUCUUGAUGAACCCAAAGGAAAAAACAAUGGAACUGUACAUAAGAAAGAUGGAACAAUUGUACGAUAUUUUGCAUGUAAUGAUAAUCAUGGUCUUUAUGUAAGACCUGGACAAAUUGAAUCUGUAAUUAAUGAUUUACAACCAAAUCUAACUCGAUCAGCUUCGAAUCAUUCAAUAAAAUCUCAAGGUAGUAGUACAGGAAGUAUUCCACCACCAGCAACUUCGGCAAUUCCAAAAACAAAUGCAGUACCAAAUAAACAUAGUGGACUUCGAGCACCAACACCGGGUACAAUCACUAAACCUUCAGGUCUUACUCGAACUGCUCAAUCAUCUAAUGAUAUUCCAACAGAAGUAACAACGGAACGAAUAUCACCACGUAAGGAAGAGAUUAAACCACUACCAACAUCAGUAUCACAAUCAAAAGCAACAACUUCUAUGCCACCACCAGCUUCAAUUCUUCCUGUAGAAUCAACUAAUAUACCAAGAAAAUCGAUCAAUUCAAUAUCAGAUUCAUCAGACUCUCAACAAGUUAUUACAAGUCUAAAGAGUAAAAUUAAUGAUCAAGAAGAACAAAUUCAAACAUUAAUAAAAAAACGUCGCGAUGAACUUGAAAAAGUUAAAGAAUUUGAACGUACAAAACUUCAACUUGAUCAAUUACAAACAUAUAAACGUGAAGCACAAGAACGUAUUAAAGAAUUAAAUGAUAAAUUACAACAACAAGAACAUGAAUUAAAAGAUACACGUGAUAAAUUUGCUGCCUAUCGUGAUGAAAUGACUGAUACUGAAGUACGAAUUGAAUCACUUGCACUUGAUCUUGAAAUGGCUGAAGAAAAACUUGAAAUUAUAACAUUAGAAAAUACAACAUUAAAAGAAAAAUUAGAAGAAGUACAAUUAGAAUUAGAUGUUAUUAAAGGUGAAAUACAAUUAAAUGGACCUAAUCAAGUAGCAAAUGAUAUUCAACAAAAAAUUGAUGAUGAACGAACAAUUAAAAUGGAACAAGCAUUGAUUAAAUUACGUGAUUUAUCAUUGAGUAAACAAGCUGAAAAUGAUACAUUAAAAAAACAAUGUGAAACAUUAGAACACAAAGUCAAAAUAUUAACAAAAGAAAAUGAAAAUGCUAAAGCUGAAAUUACAACAAUGCAAGCAACAAUUGCUGAUUUAACAGAACAGGUUGAUACAUGUUUGGGUGCUCAACAAAUGGUUGAUAUAUUAACAAAUAAAAAUCUUUCACUUGAAGAUCAAGUACGAGAAUUACAAGAAAAUGUUGAUAAUCUUGAAUCACUUUGUGAAAUGGAUAAAGAAAUGGAAGAAAAUGCUAAAGAAGUCGAACGUGAUCUUCGUGAAAAUAUUGAUUUAUUACAAAAUCAAUUACGCGAGAAAGAUCGACAAAGCGAACAAUUACAACACGUUAUCGGUGAUCAUGAACGAACAAUAUUAAAAUUUCGUGAAACAGUUAAAAAUAUGCAAUCGCAAAAUGAACAAUGUAAAAAACAAAUUGAAAAAUAUGACGAACAAUUAAAACUAGCUGGUUCAGUUCAAUCAAGUGAAUUUAAAGCUAAAAUUGUUGAAACAAAAACAUAUGGUGAAAUAAUUGAAAAUGAAUUAAAAAAACUUGAUGUACAAAAUUUAACAAAACAUGUUAAUUUCUUAACAUUAUUUUUACCUGAACAAUUUCUUAAACGUGGUGCUGAUCAAGAUUGUAUACUUGUUCUUUUACUUGUUCAUCGUUUAAUAACGAAAUGUGAUUUAUUAAUAAAUGAAGUACAAAAAAAAUUUCCAAGAAUUGAUCAAUUAAAUUUUGAUGAUGUUGUUAACUCACAUCGGGCAGAACAAUGGAGUUUUGCAUGUAAACUUUCUCAAUCAUUAUCAAUUUUUCAAAUGAUUCUUCGAAAAUUUCUCAAGUAG